GACGGCAGGAGGCUAGCCGGGCCGCCAUGGCCGAGUUCCCGUCGAAAGUGAGCACGCGGACCAGCAGCCCCGCGCAGGGCGCCGGCGCCUCGGUCUCCGCGCUGCGCCCGGACCUGGGCUUCGUGCGCUCCAGCCUCGGUGCACUCAUGCUGCUGCAGCUGGUGCUGGGGCUGCUGGUGUGGGCCCUGAUUGCCGAUACCCCGUACCACCUGUACCCAGCCUACGGCUGGGUAAUGUUUGUUGCUGUCUUCCUCUGGCUGGUGACAAUUGUCUUCUUCAUCCUCUACCUGUUUCAGCUGCACAUGAAGUUGUACAUGGUGCCCUGGCCGCUGGUGUUAAUGAUAUUUAACGUGGGCGCCACAGUUCUGUACAUCACGGCCUUCAUCACCUGCUCUGCCGCCGUGGAGCUGACGUCCCUGAAGGGCACCCGGCCGUACAACCAGCGAGCGGCUGCCUCUUUCUUUGCAUGUUUAGUGAUGAUCGCUUACGGAGUGAGCGCUUUCUUCAGCUUCCAGGCCUGGCGGGGCGUGGGCAGCAAUGCAGCCACCAGUCAGAUGGCUGGCGGCUACGCCUAGGCCCCCACACCACCGCCCACCUUGGGGCGGCCUGCAAGCCCGAGGCCCAAGCCCUUCGUCGAGUCAGCCUGGCAGGGACUACGCUUGCUCCGCUCUGCUGCUCAGACUCGGGCUCACCCGGCUCUCCUAAGGAAUCAGGAUCCUUUCCCUGGUCUGGCCCAAGUCAGCAAGCGCCUGUGCUGUAAAGAGGCCCGUGGCUCGCACUGCCUGCCCAUCCCCCGUAUUUUGUGGAAGGUGACAGGGGAUACGGGGCUCUCCGCUUCUUCUUUAGAAGACUCCUGUGUUCAAGGCUGGGGCCCAGUCUUCUCACCAACACUAAAUCCACUAACGAGGACUCCAGCCCUGCAGCCCCUGGCCCACCGUAGAACAAGCCUAACACGCCAAUCUGUUUACCUUAGUCUUUGUCCUGGGACCACAGAGCAAGCUCUUUGAAACCGGCCUCAUUCCGUCAGCUGCAAGUUGGACUGGACCCUCCCUCCCUCAAGCCACCGGCUGCUUCCGGGGAGACCUUCGUGGAAAGACGGUUAGAUUUCUGACCGCGUGGUCCUCCUUCGCUGCAUUUCAAACAGAGCAGUUUUUAAAGCAAUCGGUUUUAAGCAACGUCUCCGUGAUUAAAACCCUGGCCAGGUUUCCCUCCAUCACCCAAGCCUUUGUAAUGUUCCCUUUGGGAGCAGCUAACCGUGCCACCUGCUUCCCUGAUGCUGUUGAUUAGGCACCUGGGACAUGGAGGAGGGAGGGACACAAGACCUUGCCUGGUAAGUUGUCUGUGCUUGGUGGUGGCUUGGUCCUCUUCGGGUUUUUUUUGGUUUUUUUUUUUUUUUACAAAAAUAAAGAUGGAAGGUCCUAUUUGGAAAA